ACUCUUAUCUCUCAUACCAAAGCGAAGAUCUGCAUUUUACAAAGGGCAAAAGUCAACAACGAUGAGUCUGGGCAGCACCAGUAUUGAAUCUGAUAUUUCAGAGGAUGAGUUGGAGGAUUUUCCUUUGGGUCAGGACGAUGACUUUGACAAUGAAAGCCCAGCAAAAAUGUGUUCAGAGCGCUUGAUAUCAACCAGCCCCAGUGACACAGUUAAGAGGUGUCCUCGGCCCAAGUGGUCCAAAGCACGGAGAGUCGCCGCCAACAUCAGAGAGAGGAAGCGCAUCCUGGACUACAACCAGGCCUUCAACACCUUGCGCACUGUCCUCAAUCAUGAUCUUAGCAGAAAGCGUCUCUCUAAGAUUGCCACCCUCCGCCGAGCGAUCCACCACAUUUCAACACUGUCUUUAUAUCUGCGGACACAUGCAGACACUGAGCCAUACGCACCUCUGUGUACUCAAACGGAGUGUGAUCGGCAGCCAGAAGAGAAUGUUUCUCUGCCCAGGAAGACAGAAACUUUCCAGGAACCGAUUGAGAACUACACUACCAAGAAAUCAGAGGCUCUCGGAGUUUCUCAAGAGACGCCUGGGAUUAUGCACCAGGACAUGACAAACUCUGUACCAUCUCCUCACUACAGCCACUGCGCAACCAACAGCCAGGUACACAUGAGCCAUGGAUGCUCCUCCGGUCACCACUGGUUGGAUUACAACAAUGGAGGAUGUGAACAUGGGAUGAGGGUCACCUGUCAUCAGAACCACACGGACACUUAUGCAGACUCUGCUAGACCAUCUUUGGCAUGGCAGCUUGGCUACCUUCAAUAUCAUGGAUACCAGCAAUCCCUGAGUAUGCACUGACUUUUCUCAUGCUAGAGUUAUUGAAAAGCGUUAGCAAUAUGUACAUAUAAUAAGGGAAAGAUUAUGUUGGGAUCCAUUUCUAAGGUAAAAAAGUUCGCCAAAUAAAGCAGCUUAUUAUAAAACUGAUGUUGACUCUUUUCAACCACUGUAGUUAGAAGUAUAAAAAUCUUUUAAAUGUAAAUGUAAUGCAGUUUAUAUACUCCUACCCAAUAAG